AUGAAUUUCCGCGGCCAUCUCCCUGCGCGUUACAUCUCCACCCUCUGCCUCUUUGCCACGGCGAUCUGCGGCCAAAUGCUCGAAAGAUCCAAUGGGAUCGAUACGGGGAACACAGUCUGUCUAGGAGCUUGCGUGACGAGCGUGCAUGAAUUGAGAUGCGAGACUCCUACCGUGCCAGUUUUCCGACCAGUGAAGGAGUGCUUCGCUUGCUGUAUUUCGGAUGACAAUGCGGGUGACUGGGCGGAUCACAUUAACUGGGGAGAUGAGGAGAAACAUCCAAAGGAGGAGGAGGAGCAGUGA